UUUGUUGUGUUGUGCGACUGCGAUUUGUGUGCUGUGUUGUGGAGCUAUUGGCUUGUUUUUAUUUGUUUCUAGUCUCAGUUUAAUAGAAAUUCAAAAUGAGUUACAUGCUGGGACAUCUACAUAAUGGUUGGCAAGUCGACCAAGCAAUCCUUUCGGAAGAAGAUCGAGUGGUCGUGAUCCGUUUCGGCCACGACUGGGACCCCACCUGCAUGAAGAUGGACGAGGUUCUGUACAGCAUAGCAGAGAAAGUGAAAAAUUUUGCUGUCAUUUACCUAGUUGACAUUACGGAAGUUCCUGACUUCAACAAAAUGUACGAGUUAUAUGACCCCUGCACAGUAAUGUUCUUCUUCCGUAACAAGCACAUCAUGAUUGAUCUGGGCACGGGCAACAACAACAAGAUCAACUGGCCGCUCGAGGACAAACAAGAGAUGAUAGAUAUCAUAGAAACUGUUUACAGAGGUGCACGCAAGGGCAGAGGUUUGGUAGUAUCUCCCAAGGAUUACUCUACGAAGUACAGGUAUUGAGUCACCAGUACUGAAAUUUGGAUCUCACUCUCUUAUUCACUUAUGCUAUCUGAUGUGAUUAGAAGUGUAACUGAAACCAAUGUAAGGAAUAUUGAACAUUGUUUUAAAUGUUCCAAGAUUCUCGUUCUUGUAUCUAUUGUCAACAUUGCAAAUUUGACUUUGAUAUUAAGUUGUAAGGAAAGAAAGUAGCUUAUUGUAUUUAAAGGUAAUGAUAUGACUACUCAUGUGUUCAAAGAUGUAAAUAUAAAAUAAAUCAGUCUCUAAA